UGGAGAUCUGGGUGUCCUCAGAAUGGGGUGUAGAACAGAUCCUGGUGUCCUCAGAGUGGGGUGUACAGCUGCAUAUCUGGGUGUCCUCAGAGUGGGGUGUAGAGCUGGAGAUCUGGGAGACCUCAGAAUGGGUUGUAGAGAUGGAGAUCCGGGUGUCCUCAAGGUGGGAUGUACAACUGGAGAUCAGGGUGUCCUCAGAACGGGGUACAGAGCAACAGAUCCUGUGGGGUGUACAACUGGAGACCCGGGUGUCCUCAGAGUGGGGUGUACAGCUGUAGACCCGGGUGUCCUCAGAGUGGGGUGUAAAGCU